UCUCCGGGUUGUUGAAGUGGUUAUAUGAAAUCAGUGUCGUUGUUACAUUGCUAUCGUUCGUUUUAGGGCUGACGAGUGAUUUCUAAUAAUUAUAAUUUAAUUGGCUGUGAACAGUCAAGGAGGUGCGACAGUGUAGCGAUCGAUCCAGUAUCGAUUUUACAAUAGACCAGUAAAAUAAACCAAUUAGUAAGAUAGAGAGAGCCCUCUAAAAUGAAGCUCUCCUUAGUGUUUGAGCUUCUGUUGAUAUUUGUACUACUGGCCUUUGCAGCCUCCAAAAAUAUCGGUCAACAGAAAAACAACAAAAAAAGUAUUCAAAAGCAAAACGAUGAUAUCAAAAUAGAAGACAAUAGUAUAAACAGGUUCUGCAAAUGUUCUGAGGCGUAUUGCAAUUGUUGCAGAGAUUUCGCCGUUCCUGUAGUCAAUCUAAACGGUCCAGGAUGUGCUUCACUCAUGUAUUUAAGUGGCGAUAAAAUGUCCGUCUCAUUAAGCUUCGGCAAUAAAGUCAUAACUAAUCGGACGCUUUCAAGUCGCAAACCAAGUCCUGUUUGCAUGCCUCUACCCGGAGGUAUUUCAAAGUUCUGUGGACGAGUUUACAACAUAGCGAGAGCGGGAGAAGAGUUUAGAGCCUGUCUCGGCUUGGAAUUACAAGCUAAGAGUACUGUUGAAGCAGCAGUAAGAGUGUCUUGUUUCAAAUUUGGACCAAGAGGCGUGACAUCUGAGCCAGCUGACCCACUGCCCUUAGUACCUCAGGAUGAAAAGGAUACAGAUGACGAUGAUGAUGACGAUGACGAUGAUGACGAAGAUGUCGUUGAUUUUGGUAUCGACGCGGAUGAUGACGAUGACGACGAUGAUGAGGAAGAAGAUGAUGAAGAUGAUGACGAUGGUGAUGAAGGUGGCCUCGAAGCAGUCAAUGAUGUAGACAGCGCAGAUUAUACAGGUUUCAGUCUUCUUGGAGAAGAUUUAUUAGGAGGCCUAUUCGGUUCAUCCGGCGGCAAGAAACCAUCUAAGAAUAAAAACAAACAAGUACCAUUUACUUCAACUACCACGACAAGCCGCCCACGUCCUACUCGAAGACCUGUAAGGAGACCUGUCAGAGUAACAACAAUAAGGCCAUUUACAAGAACAACAACAGUCAGAGUACGACCCGUAAAUCGCAGACCUACUCGUAGGCCAAUAAGAAGACCAACUACUACUGUACGACCAAUAAGUGUUUCUUCAAUUGCUGCUGAACAAACUGCUACAGUUUCAACUAUAUCUACGACCAUGGCACCUUUGUCAUCUGCAAAUACUGAGCUUAAAGUUCCAUCGGUUGUGAUGGAUGAAACCGCUCAGAGCGAGACCCAUCAGGUAAUACCUAUAACAGAAAAACUUUUACCAACUCCGGAACUGACUACACCAAAAAGUGACACUACUUUUGAAGAUUCGGGACUAGAAAUGUCUUUAGCUCAUAUUACUGAUCAACUUUCUCUAAGCAUGCCAGUUACUCAAUUAGUACCUACAGAGGAAAUGAAAAACACAGAAGUAAAAGUUGAAAACGAACCAGAGACUAGCUAUGAAAAAAUUGAAACAAUUACUUCGAAGCCACAUUCAAAAAUACCUUUUGCAACUGUAGUUGAUGAUGGUGAGAAUGAAGAAAUGGUGCAAAUAGUCCAAACUUUGGAUUCUCAUUCUGAAGAACAUGCUGCGGAUAGUGAAAAUGUUAUAGAUGAAACUAGGUCACAUCAUGAACCGAACCAUCAUUAUGAGGGCCUAUCUCUGCCAAAGAAAAAGCAUAGAGGCGGAAAUUUCAAUUUGGAUGACCUCGAUGUUCUCGAUUUAACUGGUAUUGGAGAAAGUGUUGGUCAUCAAUUAGGAAUAUUUGGAAGACAUAAACGUCAAAACAAAAAUAAAGUUGCCAAGCCUCAAAACCUGAAAGGUGUAAACGAUUAUGAUGAUGUUCUCGGAUUAGAAGCUUUAAGUGAAUCUAUCGUUUUCCCCGACAUUGACGACUUAAGCCGAAAAGACAGAAGAAGACAAAAUAAAAUGAUGCGAGGUUUAUGGCCUCAAUAAUUAACUUGAAUCAAUCUAGCUGUAAUUCUUAGUUUAUUAUUUAUUUAUUUAUUAAAUUCCUCUACGUUGUAAAUAGUAAUCUUACUUUAAAUGUUAUUUAUUUUUCAAAGAAAUUAAAAUAAUCACAAAAUA